AUGGAGCGUCCUCCGAUCCCCCGCGCCAUCCCGAGGGUGCAGAUUCUGCCAGAAGAUGGCAUUUCUCGCGACGGGGCGGAACGUCACGCCCGCAUCCCAGGGCUCGUCGCAAUUGAUGAAACGACACCAUCCGUCGUCGCCACCAUCAUCAUCAGCAGCAGUGGGCGGCGCAUCCAGCAACGGGAAAUUGGUCCCUCCACCCGUAGUGUCCUCCGUCGUGGCGACAUAGACAAAGAACGAGGUGAGCCGGUUCCCGCCCAGGUCGACGGUCGUCUGCGAGGGGGACUCGAACCAGUCCGUAUGGGCCUGAUACUCUUCUCCGAGCUCGUAGCGCACGAGCUGGAGAGGCUCGAGAUGCGUGCGCGGGAUGUGCAGGCCCUGGAAGGCGAGGGCGCGGUCCUCGAUGCAGCGGAUGACGUCGUCGCGCGGGGGACUGGUCGAGCGAGAUGUCCUCGUGGUGGCGUUGGUCAGUCUCGUGCCGGAUUCGUCGACGACUUCCGAAGCGAAUCCUCAGAAGAGGCAGAAGCAAAGAGAGAUAGAAUUGACCUUAAGCAUCUUCCUUAUCGUACAAGAAGCAACCCGCGCAGGAAAAAUAGUACUCAGCAAGCAGCUAGCAUCACAUCGAACCAGGAUAACGUCACUACAAUGACAUUCCAAUUCCAAUUCCUCCUCCUAGUGCUCAUCUAUUAUUCAGCAGCAGCAAAAACAUUGGCCAAGGACGUGAAUGUCAAUAAAGUACAUCAUAUUUCUUCAGCGAAAGAGUUUGACGCCAUAUUGAGGAGGAAUGACAUGGUGCUUUGUGCUUCCCUACUAGCCCUAAGAUGCAAACCCAGCAAGUCCCUCCAAUCAGAACUAGACUUAGCAGCAGCUACAGCAUCGACAACAACACCAAUACUCAGCAUCGAUUGCUCAGAAGAAGCCUCCUUGGGAGGACUCUGCAAGAGAUACGACAUUAAUGCCUAUCCGACGAUAAGGCUGUUCAAGAACAGUACUGCUACUACUACUACUUCUACCGUUGGGAUUAGAAUAAACUCCUACCUCCUAAAGCACCACCUCCCCCCAGUAACCAUCCUAACCAGCAAAGAAGACCUCGACAACUUCAAAGCUAUCGACGACCACGUCUUCAUCGCCUAUCUGGACAGCCCCUCAUCCUCUGCAAAGCAAGAUGUUCUUCUACAAGAGACAUUCACCUCCAUCGCCCACGCCCACCAUCACAGAUUCGUCUUCGGCCUGGUCCUGGACAGACAGCUUGCUGAGGAAGAGCUGCUUCCUGUUAAUCUUAACUUGCCCUGCGUCGUGAGCUACAAGAUCGCUGAGGAUGAUAAUGAGGCGUUGGCGUUGGCGGCGACAACGCCAGGAAGUCAGGAAGGCGACUCCUUCACCAAGGAGACACUAGAAGAGUUUGUCGAAACGACAGCCCAGUCUGCAAUCGGUGAAAUGACGAGGAGGAAUAUGGAUGAUUAUUUCGCGGUAUUCACCUCAUACCAAUAUAUAUAA